AUGACGGACGUCGGCCCUACAUACUUAUGUUUGCAGACACUCGACAUUAGCCAAUCCAAGGGCGUGAGCGUGAAGCAACUGACACUGCUUGACAGCAAGGAAUUCCACAUGACCAUCUUCGACUGCAGCGGCGUGACGGUCCAAGGCGUUCGGAUCAUCGCGCCGGCCGACAGCCCCAACACCGACGGCAUCCACGCCAGCCACUCCCGCCACGUGAGGAUCCUCAACACCACCAUCGGCACCGGCGACGACUGCAUCUCCUUGGGGCCCGGCACCUCCGACAUGCUCAUGAGGGACAUCAAGUGCGGCCCGGGCCACGGCAUCAGCAUCGGGAGCCUGGGAUGGCAGGACGGUGAGGAGGGGGUGAGGAACGUGACCGUGGACAGGGCGGUGCUGAAGGGCACGACCAACGGCCUGCGGAUCAAGACGUGGGCGAUGCCCAACUCCGGCUCCGUCACGAACGUCUCCUUCUCGCGGGUCACCAUGAACCGCGUGGCCAACCCCAUCCUCGUCGACCAGAACUACUGCCCCCGCAACGUCGACUGCCCGGGCAAUAGCUCGGGGGUGCAGAUCAGCGACCUGUCGUACACUGACAUCAAGGGCUUGUCGGCGACGCCCGUGGCGGUGAAGUUCAACUGCAGCGGUACCAAUCCCUGCAGCGGGAUCAAGCUCAGGAACAUCAGGCUGAGGUACCGGCACCAGCGGCCGGCGCAGGCCAAGUGCCAAAACGCCGGCGGGUUCGCGUCCGGAGAGGUCACACCGCCGAGCUGCUUCUGACGAUCGGAGUUCUCACUGGUUCGUGUACUACUAGUAUACACCUUCCACAGUUGCGUAAGAUCAAAAACAUGAUAGUGUGAUCAUUGCUUGGUGGAUCACAAAGCGACCCUUACAUGUAGCCCAGGCUAGUAGUUUUAGCGGAUUUACUGAUUCUCAAUUGAUUGAGACAUAG